CCUAGGAUGGACUGUUAAUAAAGGCGAGUGUAGCGGUAGGCCGCGUCCCCUUUCCUUCUCUCUUGCACAGCGAUCUUUCUCGAUUAGGGUUUAUCGACUUCCGUCGAUCUGCUUACGCGAUAUCGGAGAUGAACGACGGGAGCAAGAGCACCGCCAGAGCCUCCUUCGGCACGCCAACCUUCUCCGGCUGUCAAUCGGUCUCCACCAGCAGCAGCGUGGGCUCGCCCUCCAGCCGGAUCGAGCCAAUGGCGACCACGCCCGCCAGCGAGAACACCUUGGUCAGGCUGAAUCACCUCGAAAUCCACAGGGACGAUGUGGGAACGCCAGAAGUAGCCGUGGGUGCUAAAAAGAAAAAAAGUGGUGCUCGAGCAGUUUCAGGUGAUAAAAGUGGAAGGGGACUCCAACAAUUCAGCAUGAAAGUUUGUGAGAAAGUUGAAAGCAAGGGACGUACUACUUACAAUGAGGUUGCAGAUGAACUUGUUACAGAGUUUGCAGAUCCCAACAAUAAUCCAGGAUCUCAAGAUCAGCUAAGUGAAAAUGGCCUGACCUUCCAAAGAUUAUGCUCAUUUAAUCCAGGUUGUACAUCUUCCAUCACCAGACAUAUUCUGACAAUAAAUAUUCCCUAUUGUCUCAUUAUUGCGGAGGUUAUAAGAAGCAGCAUAAAAGAAAAUCCUCUCCGUUGGACAGGAACAACAUCAACAUCAAGGAUUAAAAGCUGGCAAUGGUGGUUCUUGGUGGCCCUCAAUAUCUUCUUCCUUCUCGCCGGCCAGACCGUGGCAACUCUUCUUGGGAGAUUCUACUAUGACCAAGGAGGCAAUAGCAAGUGGAUGGCAACUCUUGUUCAAACUGCAUGCUUUCCUAUCCUCUUCAUUCCCUUACUUCUUUUACCUUCUAAACAACCUCCUCCAGCAAUUGUAGCCACAACUCCUCUUUACAUCAAGAUUGCUUUCAUAUACCUUGCUUUGGGCGGUUUAAUAGCCGCCGAUAACUUAAUGUAUUCGUAUGGUCUUCUAUACGUUCCGGUUUCGACUUACUCCCUCAUUUGUGCCACUCAACUAGCCUUCAAUGCCAUCUUUUCCUACUAUCUGAAUAACCAGAAGUUUACUGCUUCUAUACUCAACUCUGUUGUUCUGCUGACACUCUCUGCGGCCUUACUCGGUGUCAAUGAGGAUUCGGAGAGCUCUGAAGAGGUUUUGAAGGGGAAGUAUACUCUCGGAUUCAUAUUGACAUUAGGAGCCUCAGCUACCUACUCGCUCAUCCUCUCCUUGAUGCAGCUUUCAUUUCAAAAGGUUAUCCGAAAGGAGACUUUCACAGUUGUAUUGGAAAUGCAGAUCUAUACUGCUCUUGUGGCGAGUUGUGUUGCGGUGGCUGGGUUAUUCGCGAGUGGGGAGUGGAAGAGUUUGAAGGGUGAGAUGGAGGGAUUUAAAAAGGGGAAAUUGGCAUAUGUUAUGACUCUGGUUUGGAUUGGUCUCUCCUGGCAGUUGGCAUCGGUCGGCGUCGUGGGGCUCAUCUUUGUCGUGUCGUCUCUCUUCUCGAAUGUGAUAAGCACCCUGGCGCUGCCUACCGUGCCUAUAUUUGCUGUCAUCUUCUUUGAUGACAAGAUGAAUGGGAUCAAGAUUGUGGCAAUGCUUCUUGCCAUUUGGGGUUUUGUUUCUUACCUUUAUCAGGAAUGCCUUGAUGACUACAGAGCUAAGAAGGCUUCAGAUCAUGCUGCUGACCAUCUCUCUGGUUACGACCCAGCCACGAUGGAAGCUCAAGUAUACUCUGAUUAUUUUGAUACUUGUUAGUAUCUUUGACAAUGAAUCUUCUUUAUGCAUUUGUAAACAUAAAAUAGUUUUUUAUUUUUUAUUUGCGUGCUAGUCAUUUCUAGUCCAAAAUUCCCAUCCUUUUUGGUGAUUAUAAAUCUUCUGUAAUAAUUGAAAGUUUUCCUUCCCGAAUUAGCAAACUGAUCUAUUUCUAUCAAAUAAAAUAUUAUGUGUUGCACUGGGAUCA